GAGAGUGAGAGACUCCAGAGACUCCACAGGCACCUGGCAGCAGAGAUAACCUGAGCACCAUGGAUUCCAAGUGGCUCGCACUGCUCCUCGCUCUCACCGCCCUUCUCCACACCACCGCCGUCACAGCCAUGCCGACCAGCCACUUGAUCAGCUGCUGCACACGAGUGUCCAGUAAAGUGAGUAGGAAGUUACUGAACAAAGUGAAACACUUCAAGAUUCAGGACAACCAGAUCUGUGACAUCAAGGCUGUGAUCCUGCACAAAGGUUCGCUAAGACUCUGUGUGGAUUCAAACAACCAGCAGCUGAAAAGAUGGAUGUCCAGAAACACCAAGAGACUGCUCUCCAGAGCUUGAGGCGACUCGGGGUGAAGCAAGGCAUGGAGAGAGGAACAUCAGCCAUGCCAGGGCUCUGCCGCAGUGGGAUGAUCUGUUCUGAGCUAUGGUGGAACCGUAGCAAUCCACUCAUUAACUCAAUGUCUGUUGUCAUUAGAACAUAGAGCAGUGAAGCACAGGGACAGGGCCUUUGGCCCACAAUGUCCGUGCCGAACACUGGUCUCCUCUGCCUGCGCGUGAUCCUUCCAUAUCCAGAGAACGUAGAAAUGUACAGCAGGCCAUUCGGCCCACAAUGUCUGUGCUAAACAUGAUGCCAAGACCAACUCUUAUCUGCCUGCACAGAAUCCAUAUC